AUGCCUGCUCCACCUCCACCGCCGCCUCCUGUCUUCAACGCAUCUGGUCCUGGCGUAGCCGAUCAGGACAGGAAUCUGCUUCUACAGUCAAUUAGAGCUGGCAAAACUUUAAAGAAAACUGUAACUAUAGAUAAGAGUGCACCGGCAGUUAGUGGUAGAGUUAGAGGUGAACCAGGAAAUUCUUCUCUACACAGCAAGGAAAAUAGUUCUAAUGUAGCAAGUGGCAUCAAUGCAAGUAAUGGAGGGCCCAUGGGAUUAGGUGGAUUGUUUUCUACUGGCAUGCCUAAAUUAAAGCCCGUAGGAUCUCGGACGUCCUCAGGUGAAAAAAACAAUAGUAAUGUAAAUAAUACAAACUUUGGUCAAUCGACUGCCCCUAGCAUAAAAAGAGGCCCACCACCAGUUCCACCACCAGCCACUCAGAAGCCACAAAUAUUUGUUCAGAUUUUUCAUGCAAUACUUCAGAAGGGAAGCUCAAUGCUAGGACAAAGUACUACAGAUUCCGCUAGUUCCAACACGGAAGCACCCAAGGGAUUUGGAAAGCCUACCCUUGCACCCAAACCACCUUCCACGUCGUCGUCUACAUUGCACAAACCGUCACCACCUCCCAAGAAAUUGAAUUUAACCGGAGGAAGUGUAUCAAGAGCACAAAGUAUGCGAUUGUCUAGAUCACCUCCUGUACUUGCUCCAACGCCAUCUUCCCUUCAUCAGUCUCAAGAUUGCUUGAACGAGACUCAACCGAGGCCUACGAAUCGAAUUCUUAAGCCUCCAGUUGCAAAACCUCCUUCUCCACCUACUUCUAGAUCGAACAGUACACCUAGUGCGGCAACUAGGGUGGCACCACCACCUCCUUCUAGAGUAACAGUUAGCGCCCCGUGUAUACCACCUCCGCCUCCGCCUCUUCCAUAUCGUCCAGCUCCUACUCAUCAAAGACUGGCUCCGCCGCCACCGCCACCACCAACACCUCCUACAAGGAGUUCUUCCAUGCGCAACGGACAGACGAUGAGCAUUCUAGACUUGGAAGUUCGAUUUGCAGAUAUGUUUCAUUCUAUCGCGAAUUUCCCGCCGCCAGAGCAGUUUAAGGGGUUUACGAAAGUCUACAGCAGCAGAAAUGGUAAGAACGACACGCAUACAAAUCAGUUGUAUUCCUUUUCAAGUCACAGUAUUAGACAAUACACUGCGAAGUUAUUUCUGUAAAUUUGCAUGCCUGGAAGCAUUCAUCGAUCAUUGUACAUAAUUUAUUAUUGUCAGUGAGUCACUGUAUUGGAAAUGUAAUACCAUAAAUCAAUUAAUUUGUCUCCUUUCCGAUGAAUAGAAAAUUUAUUUUUUUGCAUGUGUACACUUAUAUGGCACAAAAUGAUAUGAAAUGUGAGAAAUAAACCACGUACUAACUUGAUCAAUCCAUUUGUUUAUUGUAUAUUACAAUACAUCAAGAGACUAGAAAUAAUUCACACAUUAUAAUUGCAACUAACACUAGGUGCUUGUUUAAACUGCACUAAAUGCUUGUUGAGUUAAUUGCUUGCAUUAUGUGACGUCUUCAAGAUCUGACUACGUAUUAAAAUAGUUUGCGUGAUUAUUGAAUUGUAUCAAGAUUCCUCAAGAGAAAAGUAAUGGAAGUAUUUGAAAAUUCCAGCUGCAAAACAACAAGCUCCUGCGCCACCCAUGCAAAUGUCUUCUAUAUCUAAUACAAUGGUACCAUUAAACACAUCAUCCGGAGGUUAA